UGGUGGAAGCACGUCACCUAGGACCAACAUCAUUUACUCUCCAACACUUCCUUUCAAAAUUUAAAACCACCCACCAAACACCAUUCUCCAAUGCAACAAAACGCCAGUCACCUAGUUCUUUGAUUCUCUUUUAUGGGUUUUGAUAUACACAACUAAACGAGUAGAAUUUCCUGGGUUUUUGAAGAAAUUUCAUUUUUGCAUUUGCUGGGUAAGAAUUGGGGUUUUAAUGGUGGGGGCAAAGAAAAUGGCGGAAAAAAAGAGUGAAAGUAGCAACAAAUUGCUGUGUGCGGCAAUGGUAGCUGUGAUGGUUGCUUUACUAGCAAUUAACACCAAGACUAGUUGGAAUUCUUUUCUUGGGCUCAAUCCUUGUAAACAAGAGUUGUGUAAAUUUACUGGGAUGGUGGAGGAUUGCUGUUGUGAUUAUGAGACAGUCAACAUACUAAAUGAAGAAGUUUUGCAUCCUUUGCUGCAAGAGCUUGUUACGACACCUUUUUACAGAUACUUCAAGGUUAAACUGUGGUGUGACUGUCCUUUCUGGAUUGAUGAUGGGAUGUGCCGAUUGCGUGAUUGUAGUGUCUGUGAAUGCCCAGAAUCUGAAUUCCCAGAAACUUUUAGAAAGCCAUCUAAUGUCCUUAGGAAAGAAGAUUUGAUGUGCCAAGAGGGGAAACCUCAAGCUGCAGUUGAUCGAACAUUAGAUGAAAAGGUGUUUAGAGGUUGGGCAGAAGUUGAUAAUCCCUGGACAAAUGAUGAUGAGACUGAUAACAGUGAGAUGACAUAUGUAAACCUUCAGCUCAAUCCAGAACGUUAUACAGGCUAUACAGGUCCUUCAGCCAGAAGGAUAUGGGAUGCAAUAUAUUCAGAAAAUUGCCCAAGAUAUGCAUCUGGUGAGAUGUGCCAGGAGAAAAAGGUUCUGUACAAACUGAUAUCUGGUCUGCAUGCCUCUAUUUCGGUUCAUAUUGCUGCAGAUUAUCUCCUUGAUGAAGCCACCAACAAGUGGGGUCAGAAUUUUGACUUAAUUCAUGAUCGGGUGUUGAGAUAUCCAGAGCGUGUUAGAAAUUUGUAUUUUACUUUCCUUUUUGUACUCAGAGCCGUAACAAAGGCAUCAGACUAUUUGGAACAAGCUGAAUAUGACACUGGUAAUCAUGAAGAUGACUUGAAAACUCAGUCCUUGCUGAAACAGCUGCUUUACAAUCAAAAGCUUCGGGCAGCCUGUCCACUUCCGUUCGACGAAGCUAAGUUGUGGCAAGGGCAAAGUGGUCCUGAAUUGAAGCAGCAAAUUCAAAAGCAGUUUAGAAAUAUAAGUGCGUUGAUGGAUUGCGUAGGGUGUGAGAAGUGUAGAUUAUGGGGUAAACUACAAGUUCUUGGUCUUGGCACAGCAUUGAAGAUCCUAUUUUCAGUUGAGGGUGACAACCACUUUAAUCAACCUCUGCAAUUGCAAAGGAACGAAGUGAUUGCACUCAUAAACCUGCUCAAUAGACUCUCCGAAUCAGUCAAACUAGUGCAUGAGAUGGCACCUUCAGCCGACAAGAUAGUUGGGCAAGUUGCAGGAGGACCUCCUUCACAAGAAGUCAGCACGAUGCGGAGAAUAUGGCAGUCAGUGAAUUUUUUCAGGUCGAAGAAGACUUCAUGAUAUAUUUGGAUGGCAAUUCUUCUGCCAUCGCUACGCAGAGUUAUAGAUUUGGAGAUAUACAAAGUACAAACACACAUUACGUAGAGAGCUUCAAUAAUGUUGUACAUUUUGCAUACAAAUUUUAGUGAAUGUGACAUGUUUGGUGAUGGGUCGGCACUAAUUCAACUUAGGAAGUAUUCUCAAAUCUCACCUUUAUAUUUGGGUGAAGAAUACUAGAAUAGUUAAACGUUCGUUACCUUUCUGUUCGGUGUUCGAAUUUUGCCGUGUAAAUUAAUUAAGACUAUGCACAUAAUUUAAGGAACUUUUAGCUA